AGUAAAAGUCUUGGGGCGCCACCAAGUUGGAGUGGGGGAUGAAAGUGAACUUGUGAGCCGUGUUCAAUCCCCAGGUAACCCAAAUGCUUUCAGCCUCAUUCUUAUUGCUCUACACAAUCUGUGCCAUGGAACAUAUUCAAGGGAGGUAUGUGAUAAUAAAAGUACGCUUUGCUGCUAGGUACAAACUCAUCCUAAACGGUAUCUUGUUUGAGGUUGUACUUUACAUGCACUUAUUUCGGUUCAUCUACAAGUGCCAAACAUCUCGACAGCAUGUACCAUAUCAGAUGACAAUAUUCUACUAUUCUACCAAUGUAAUUGAAGCCCAAAUUAUCUCUUUAUAUCAUUUAUUCUUUUAUGCUGUUCUGUAUGUCUGUCUUUAUGUAACUUGUACAUCAGUUGCCAAAAAACAUCAAUUCGACAUUGAAUAUGCAGCGCACAUGACAAUGUAUCCUGUCAGCCAACCGAAGAGAUCACACUCCUCAGAAGAGAGUUGAGAUGGGUCUAAAAAAUAAGCAUGGAAAGGAAAAAGCCGCCCUGAAAAAAGAAAAUGCCAACCAACGCCGUCAACGCUUUGCUCAGGUAUAAUCGAAAUAUUGGUACAGUAUAUGAAAUAAACUCCUUCCAUCCUUCCAACGUAAUCAAAGUUGGGGUUGCCCCUGUGCAUGCAAUGUGUUAUUCU